AUGAGUUUAGGGAAGUUAAAAUUGAAAGGUUAGUUUGGGGAGAAACAAUAGAGAAAUGAAUUGAAGAUAAGAAACAAGGUAGAAAGAGAGGAACUGGCAUAAGAUGAAUAACUAUUCUUGGAAAAGAUUUAAGAGAAGGGACCAGCGAAGAGAGUGGUGAUCGAGAAACCAUUAUAAGAUGGAAUGGGAAUGAUAUUUACAUCAGGGACCUCUGUUCAUGGUUAGGACACUUAAUUCUUAAAAUAAUUGGAAGCAGGAGACUUCUUAGUGGUUCUUAAUGAAUAAACAUUGGAAAUGGAAUCUAGAGAGAUUUUGACUAUGUUGAAUCAAAAGUCUCUAUUAAUAAGAGAACCAUUUGGUUAAGACAUUCCAGUGUUCAAACCAUAUCAAUUUCGCAAGAAACCGACAGUUGAGGAAAUGAAAAUGGCUAAAAAAAUACAAAAAUAGAAAUAAACACUUGAGAUGCGUUAAAAGAGUGGAAUGUGGAGUUAUAAGACUGAUAAAGUGGCUGUUGAUGGGGGAUUGAGUAGAGAGGAACUAGUUUUAAUGAGAGCAAAAUAGAGUAGAGAUAGACAUUGUUGGCACUGA